GAAAAGAAAUAGAUAGCUCCGAAAAUCUACCUACCCGUGAAUCGCUCCAAAAUUAGGACAAGGCGCGCAUGCGUCAUCUUUCCCCACUCCUGUUGCACAUAUCACUUACCCUUUCACACAUCAUUGAGGAAAACAAAAACAGGUCCCCUCGAUCAGUCUCACACUCAAAGUGCUACUCGCAUGUUGUACUUAUACACCGCAAAAAAUUUCGAAAAACCCGCGGGUUCCCCCCUCGCAAUUGUACACAUCGAGAUCUUGCCUUUUCCGCAGUGAUCGCGAUCUCUCGAGGCGUGUACUUACUCAGUCGCCGACGAACGAUGUGAAGAGAAGCAUCGCAGCGCAGAGAACACAACGAAACGAACGAACACCUGUUGCUCGCUCUGGAGAGAAGGCCAUGGCUCAUCUCCUGAAGAACCUGACCAACAGCAUCUGGCAUGCGUUUCACGCGCUCCAGCACGAUGUGCCCGGCAUCGUCGCCAAGUCCAAGCUAAAAGUUUUGACAGCUAACAUUGGAACUUUGAUGGAUCUCUACAGUGUUGAAAAGGGAUUGGAGCAUUAUCGAAGCACACAGACACUCACCUUUGAGCAGUAUAUUUUUUACUUACAAAAUGAGGUUUUCUCAUCGUUGACUGAUGCAACUCCAAUUCAAACAUGUCGGUCAUUGGAAGAGGGUAUAGAUGAGAUUUGUUGGCUUGUUUGCCGUAAAAUUUAUUUAGAUAGACCGCAUCCAAUUUUCAAAGAUCACAGUGUUUAUCAAUUGUUUAGAAUAUUUUGCCUUCUUGCUGAAAUGGAGCCUGAUAUAAUGGAUUCAACCUAUCUAGUGACCAUGCACAGUGAUGAAGUAGCUCAAGUUGCCUCACAGUUAGUUACAUCACUAGGUCUUUGCUGGGAUCUAGCAGACUUUUCUGCCUUGUCAGCAGCCAUUGGAACUUUUCGAUUCCCAACAUUUUUAGCAGUUCUAGAAUCAAAAUAUAGUGGAGGAGGCUCUUUAGAUAUUGAUGGUGUAACAGAAGCAAUUGAUGACCUUUAUCAGACAUAUGUUGAAGAUGUUAUAAAGAAAGGGUAUCUGAUGAAGAAAGGUUUUCUACUACCAACUCUUAGAUACUUCUGGUUCGUUUUACGUCCGGGAGAGUUAACGUACUACAAAGAUUCUCAACAAAAAGAAUCAUCAGGUGUAAUAGCUCUGGAUGCAAAUUGCUGGACAGACGCAGUAAGCAAUGGCGGGAAACCAGAUAGACGUUUCAUUCUCAGUACACCAGAACAUAGGUGCAUUGAAUUGGUGGCUGAGGAUCACAGAGGUAGACUGCAGUGGUUGUCCGCAUUGCAAAUUGCUGUUCAACAUUCGGGAGAAAAAAUUAGUUAUCAAAGAAGCUUAGCCAAUCAAAGAAGAUCGACGCGUCAAGCAAGUAAGCAGGAGAAAGAAGAGACGAGAUUAGAAUUGCAGCAGGAGCGUCAAGCUAGAAUAGCUGCUGAAAUUCAAGCAAGGAAAUUAGAAGCCCUUUCAAAAGAAGAAUGUGCCAAAGUCCAAGAACUUGAAGACGUAAAGCAAAAACUUGAAAUAUUAUUACAAGAAGAGAAGCAAGCUCUUAGAGAUGAAGAAAUAGUAAGAGCUCUUCAAGCUCGUGUUUUGCGCGAAGAGUGGGAGAAGAGAGAACAAAUGGAAAGGUUACAGCAAGAGCAGCAAGAGCUUUUAGAAUUAGAGAAACUCAAACGAAUGGAAUUUGAAUUAAAACAACAGAGCAAUGAAAGACAAUUACAUGACGCAGAAAUGCGCCUUCAGCAGUUGGAAUCGGAAAAGCAAAGUCUAGAUGCUGAACUGCAAGCGGCCAGAGAAAAGGUGAAACGAGCGGAGGAGGCACAAAUUAUACUAGAGUCACAGCUAGUCACGACUAGGCCACCUCGAAGUGGAGAAAGAAUAAGACGUACGCAGAGUUUCAUACCGACAACAAAAGAGAGACCGCUAGUGAUCGACGACAGGGUAUCAUUACAGAAAAAUUGUUGAGAUUGCACAUGCUGGACGUGUGUGUAAGCGAUCAAAGAUCAAAUGACAAAAUUUCGUAUUAUCGAAAAGAAAAGUCUGACGUUAGCCUUGCAUUAAAAAAUUACUAAUUGAAGAUGAAUAAAACUUGCAAGACUAACAAAAAGUGUCAAUUAAAGUUUUAAAAAAUCAGGGUAAAUAUAAUUCAGGGUAAAGUUCUGAAAAUUAAGUUCCUGAAAAUAUCUUGCCCUUUGUUAAAUCAUAUUCUAUUAUUGUAUUUGUUAUCAUUGGCAGUAUUUUCAACAUAUUACCUUUUCUAGCUAUUUACAAAGACCAAAAUGUUAACAAGUAAAAAUUUUGUUUUGAUAAAUUAAAACUCAACUCUAUUGCUGUUAUAACGUAUUAAUAAUUAUCAUCAUUGUUAUAUGAAAUUUGAAAGCUAUGUAUUCGCAAUAAAACAUACCGCAUAUGUUUAUAUAUAUUUUAACAAAUCGAUUAAAAUGCAUUUAUAAGUCAUUAUAUACAAUCACAAGAUAUAUAGCAUUUAAUUAUAAUCGCUCAAAGCGUAUUUUUAUUUGAAUUUAAGAAAAUUGAAUUAUAAAGAUGACAAAAGAAGAAACAACAACGAUACAUUAAUGAAACAGUUUUUAUUAUAACUAUUUGUGUUUUCAUUAAUGAAAUGCGUUCCUUUACUAGUGUUAAGCAACACUGAUUAUAGUGUUAAGUGCUCUGUAACCAAUGAAAAUGUGUUUGACUGAAAGCUAAAAUAACGUUAUUUUGUAAUACCAUACAUUAAUAAAUAAUUACAGUACGUCCAGAUUUCA